UUAUUUGCUUGCGCAUUACGGUCACACAAUUUUUUUGUGUUUUUGUGCUCUCUCUUUUCAUCGGCAGUGCAAUAUUGCAAUUACAAAUUUUGCAGCAAAAAUCGCCAUUACAUAAAAACGGGAAAAAAUCAGGCGCUACGAGCGGGCAAGCGAAUAUCUGCACAAAAGGGCACGGCGAAAAAGAUGCAAGAACGGGAAAAACGUAUUUACGCAUUACGAAGCGAGUUGUUGUUUUGCCGUUUUUUGUUUUUAUAAUGCCAAUAUCGGGAUAGCUGCAUUUUUUUGCAGUUAACACAGAGAUCUCUUGUGAUGUAGGCAAAACACCAAUACCAGCAAAACACCGAUAUCAUUACUCUCUCGCCGCAAUAACAACAACUAAGUGCAUUCAACAAUUACAACGCAAUCAGAACAAAGAACUACCAGCAGCAGCAAAAACAACAACAAAAACAAACGGUGGACAGAGAAAGAAGGAGUAAGAGGAAGAAGAACAACAAUCGCAGCAAACGACGCAUAAUUUCCUGCUCUCAUACACACAAACACCUACGCACACACAAAGAGAGCGGGGGCAACAAAGAAUACCAAAAGAGCGUGGGAGAGGGAGAACCAAGAAACGACCGAAAGGGAAAGGAAAAACUGCAUUUCUGGAUUUGGAUCUGGAUCUGGAUCUCUAGAUAUAUCCACGCGUAAAAUGACCAAUUCGGGACGCAAUCAUCAUCGUUACGAUAAACAGCGCUUAACCAGUUCCUGCUGCAGUAAAUGAUUUAAAAAUAAUAAAAAUCGAAAACGAGCUGGGCCAAAAAUAAGCAGACGAUUCCCGACUGAUCAGGGAGCAACGUAUUGAAGACGCAAUUUGUGAAUAAUUUAAUCGAGCGUUCACACGGCGCCGGCCAGCUGACAACAAAUAAGAAAAGAAAAAGAGAGUGCUGAAGAGUUAAUUGAAUCGGCAGAGGAGAACAGACAGCAGCAGAUAAGAACCGAUACCGAGAAUGUUUGCCAGCGCCGCGGAGACAGGCGUCGUCGACGUUGGCAGCGGCGGUACGAGCAACGCCGGCAGCGGAGGCAGCAGCAGCAGCGGCGGUGGAAAUGCCAGCGGCAGCAUCGAGUUGCUGUGCCCGCCCAGCGGCAGCAGCAGCAUCAGCGCCAGCUUCAGCAGCAACAGCGGCACCAGCAGCCAAACCCAUAGUACCGCCAUCAGUAGUGCCACAGAUCACAGUAACAACAACAACAACAGCAACAACGGCCACAACAAUCACAAUCCGAGCUUACAACUGAACGGUAAUGCCAGCAGCAACACUAGGCAACACAGCAGCGCCAGCAGCAACAGCAGCAGCAACUCCAGCAACAACAUAAGCCCUCCCAUCAGCAACAGUAACAAUAAUCACAGCAGCAGCAACAUUAUCAGCGGCUUUUGCAGCACCAUUUGGCGCUCUGCCACAUUUGGCAGUGCAACGCCUGUUAUCAAUCCAUUACCUGGUGUACAUAUUAACCCCAAAAGUAUGGAAAGCAGCAGCGAUAGUUGCUCAUUGAGCUCUUCGAUAACGCCAGAGGUUUGCCUAGCUGAUCAGCAAAGGAUCACCAGCACUCAAGAUCAGCAGGAGGAUCAAUCCCAAACAUUCCUAGGCGCCACCGAACUGGACGAUGAGUUAAUCAAACAACUGCCAAAGGAGGUACUGCUGCGCGUCUUCUCCUACCUGGAUGUUGUCUCACUAUGCCGCUGUGCACAGGUAUGCAAAUAUUGGAACGUGCUGGCCCUCGAUGGAUCCAGCUGGCAGAAAAUCAAUCUAUUCGACUUUCAACGUGAUAUCGAGGGUCCGGUGAUUGAGAAUAUAUCUCAGCGAUGUCGCGGUUUCCUCAAAUCACUGUCGCUUCGUGGCUGCCAAUCGGUGGGAGAUCAGUCCGUGAGAACUCUAGCGAAUCACUGCCACAAUAUUGAACACUUGGAUCUGUCGGAGUGCAAGAAGAUAACCGACAUAUCCACACAGUCCAUCAGCAGGUAUUGCUCCAAAUUAACGGCCAUUAAUUUGGACUCGUGCUCCAACAUAACAGACAACAGCUUGAAGUAUCUAUCCGAUGGCUGUCCAAACCUCAUGGAGAUCAACGUGUCCUGGUGCCACCUGAUCUCCGAGAACGGCGUGGAGGCGCUGGCCCGCGGCUGCGUCAAACUGCGCAAGUUCAGCAGUAAAGGUUGUAAACAGAUAAACGACAAUGCCAUAAUGUGCCUGGCCAAAUACUGUCCCGAUUUAAUGGUGCUAAAUCUACACAGCUGUGAGACCAUCAGCGAUUCAUCGAUCCGCCAACUGGCCGCCAAUUGCCACAAGCUCCAAAAGCUGUGCGUGUCCAAGUGUGCAGACCUCACCGAUCUCACGCUGUUGUCGCUCUCGCAGCACAAUCACCUACUAAACACCCUGGAGGUGUCCGGCUGUCGCAAUUUCACUGACAUCGGCUUCCAGGCGCUGGGGCGAAACUGCAAAUAUCUGGAGCGGAUGGAUUUGGAGGAGUGCAGCCAGAUUACGGACCUCACGCUGGCCCAUCUGGCCACCGGUUGUCCCAGUUUGGAGAAAUUGACCCUUUCGCAUUGUGAGCUGAUCACAGAUGAUGGCAUACGACAUCUCACCACUGGCAGCUGUGCUGCGGAAAUUCUGUCCGUACUGGAGCUGGACAAUUGCCCCCUGAUUACGGACCGAACGCUAGAGCAUUUGGUGUCCUGCCACAAUCUGCAGCGCAUUGAGUUAUUCGACUGUCAGCUUAUCACCCGCACCGCCAUACGCAAGCUGAAGAAUCAUCUACCAAAUAUCAAGGUGCACGCCUACUUUGCACCCGGAACGCCGCCGGCUGUGACUAGCGGACACCGACCACGUUAUUGCCGCUGCUGUGAGAUUCUCUGAGAUACGGCCAUCGGCUUCGCCAGGAAGAUAAUGCGCAAGACGGCCACGGACUGAUGGCCCGUGUGCAUCGUCAUGUUCGCCAUGGUGUUCAGCCUGACCCUCGUCUCGAUGAUCUGCAUGUACUUGCUGGGCCUGCUCGACGCAGCGAUGACCACAUAGCCGCCAGAUGCAGAUACAUAUACAGAUCAAGAUACGGAUACAGAUCAGCAACAGCCGCAGCAGCGGCUUAAACGAAACCGAAACCUAACCCUAGUUUUAGUUUUGAGCGAGUUUCAAAAACUCGCAGAAACCAGCAUCAAAUUGUGAUUAUUUUAUUUAAUAUGCUACGUUAACUAGACCCUCAUUUGUGUAAUCUGUAUUAGCCUUCCCCAUGCUCUAUGUUUGUUAUUAACUGCAGCCCGAAGAAUUGCUAGCUUAUACAAACCUGUAUAUAUAUAUUUAUGUAGAUGUGCAGCCCGAUCUGCGGCAGCUUCAGGUGGUUCCGCUGAAUGUUAUGUGUGUUUAGGCUAGAAACUGCAAUUAUGCGCGAUUAGUUUUAACUCUCAUACCCGCAUCCCUGUAUUAAAUGUUUGCUAAAUUAUGACUAAAUUAUAAAUCCAUCUGGAGCACGCUCCGAUUUUAUCUCUCACUGGUCCCCCGAAAAACAAAACCACUGGAGUUUUUCAAAAUUCCGAAACAUGUCGAUAGAACCACAACGCGUUCAAAAACAAACACACACACAUACACACAUCUAUCUGAGGUACGAUUAAUUUCACUUUUGAUUAUCCACACUCAAGUCUAGUGCCAGCUAAAACUGUUCAGCAAUUAGCAUUAUAUCUUUGUAAAGCCAUGUAUAUUACACAACGAACAAACGACACACACUGGAUCAUCAUCCCUGAAACACAAAACAGUACCCACAUAAAUAAUUCAAUAAAUCUAUAUACACCGUCUGGACUCACACAGAUAUUUGAACAGUAUAUUUUGUAAAGUAUUAUCCACUGAAAAAUGUAUAAAUGGGGCAGGAAAGUAAUCGUUAGCCCUCGUUAUAAGCUCACAACUUGAGCCACCACAACUAAGUAGAUAAUAUAUAUUAUUUCCACAACUGAAAGGUUUCCCUAUCUAGCAGAACUAUAUCCAAUCCUCGAGAGAUCGAGCAGUUGUGAGCUGGGGAAUAGGAUAAAUGAUGGCGUGACAGCCCCCUUAACCCAUUAUCAUCACACUUAACCCCUCGACACAGAGAUAAAGCACAAUAAACGCAAAACGAUACCAGAUGA